UGUCAAACGUAAAUAAUUUGUUGCGAGAUUCUGUUACAUGUGAAGAAAAUAUAACUUACUUUUGUUUUUGUGUAUUUUAUUUUGAGAUAAUUGUCGAUUAUCGUUUUAGAGCAAGUGUAUUUAAGGAUGAUGUCAUCAAAGAAAUACUUUUCAUCAACGAUUUAGAUGGUUUUCAGGAUGGUGUCUUCUUCAUAUGCGUAUGAGUCAAACAAUGUGAUUUAAGUCACAGAAGAAGAUAAAUCAGUGAUCAAGAUGAUGACAUCCGAGGAGUCUGAUUCAUUGAGCACUGUGCCUUCAGAUGGACACCCGGAAGAUAUGUCAGAAGACGCCCCAUCAUCAAUGGUAUCGAGUGAAGCAGAGUCAGAGGGCAGCAUGCUCUCUGAGCCCCCUCGACAGGACCAUGUGGACUCUCCUUCAACAAACAACUGUGAUGGUGCUGCUAUCACUGACCAAACUCCUACAAUUCAAGACAAAGCACCAGUUACAACAUCUAAUGACUGGAGAAGUAUUGGGAACACUUCAUCUUCUUUAGUGUCAACUAGAGGGUCAAUGCUACCAUGGGGCUCUCACAAAGGUCCUGUAGUACCACCAUUAGAUUCAGAAUUGCGUCCUGGUGAAUAUGUGAUGAGGUUAUUAUUCACGGAGUUCACCGUACAAGCUGAAAGGAAGAUGGAAGCAGUGAUGGCUGAACCACAGGAAAAGCCACUGAAUAAAACAUUACAACGUGGUGAAGACCCUCAAUUAGACCAAAUAUUAUCAGCAUUUGGCACAGUUGCCGAACAUUGCCUUCCAUCUCUUCUACGUGCUUUAUUCGGCUGGUUAGAAAGACAAAUGGCCGAUUCGCCUCAGUUGAGUGAACAAGCAAAGAAACCACACCAGGACCUCAGGAACAAAAGCAUAAUCUACAUAGUGUCAGGCAGCGGCGCGGGCACUGAAACCGUAGAACGCAGUUGCGAAGAGCUGCAAGCCGAGCGACGAGACCUGGCAGUAGAGUUCCUGUUUUGCCUCGCACUUAUUGAAGUUCUGAAGCAGCUGCCUUUUCAUCCAGGACAUGAGGAUUUGGUGCAAUAUAUAGAAAAUGUAGCCUUCAAGCGAUUUAAUUAUAAGGAAGGAUUACAGUCCAACCCUAAUGCCGCUAAUGUUCACAUAAUAGCUGAUCUGUACGCGGAAGUAAUUGGCGUGCUCGCACAAUCACGUUUCGCAUCAGUUCGAAAGCGUUUCACUGCCGAACUCAAGGAACUCAAGAGCCGUGAGCCGUCACCUCACACGACGCAAAGUAUCAUUUCUCUUCUAAUGGGCAUGAAGUUCUUUCGAGUGAAAAUGGUCCCUAUUGAAGAAUUCGAGGCAUCCUUCCAAUUCCUUCAAGAAUGUGCGCAAUAUUUCUUAGAAGUCAAAGACAAGGACAUAAGGCAUGCUCUAGCCGGACUGUUUGUGGAAAUAUUAGUGCCUGUUGCAGCGACAGUAAAAAACGAAGUUAACGUGCCGUGUCUAAAGAACUUCGUAGAAAUGUUAUACAGCCAUACACUAGACGCAAGCACCAAAUCCAAGCAUCGCCUCGCACUAUUCCCAUUAGUUACCUGCUUACUUUGCGUAUCACAAAAGCAGUUCUUUCUGGCGAACUGGCACUGUUUCUUAGCAAUGUGUCUUUCGCACCUGAAGAAUAGAGACCCAAAGAUGUGCAGAGUAGCAUUAGAAUCUCUUUACCGACUUCUAUGGGUGUAUAUGAUAAGAAUCAAGUGUGAAAGUAACUCUGCGACUCAAUCAAGACUGCAAAGUAUUGUCAAUUCACUAUUUCCUAAAGGUUCUAAAGGUGUGGUACCCAGAGAUACUCCUCUAAACAUUUUCGUUAAAAUAAUACAAUUCAUAGCGCAAGAGCGAUUGGAUUUUGCUAUGAGAGAGAUAGUAUUUGAUUUACUCAUGGUAGGAAGGCCGAUCAAAAUCAUACUGACGCCAGAAAGGAUGUCUAUAGGCUUGCGAGCAUUUUUAGUUGUGGCUGACAGCCUACAACAGAAAGAAGGAGAGCCACCAAUGCCUCGGACAUCAGGAACGUUACCGUCUGGGAACACAUUGAGAGUUAAGAAAACUUUUUUAAAUAAAAUGCUGACAGAUGAAACGGCUAGAUCUAUUGGAAUGAGCGCGUAUUUUCCUUAUGUUCGGAGAGUGUUAGUAGAAAUAUUAAGAGCAUUAGAUGCUCAUUAUGGAAGACCAUUAAUGUUGACGAAUACACAAAAUGUAACUAAAGAACAAGAAAUCAACACUGGAGAGAGAAAACCGAGAAUAGAUCUAUUUAGAACAUGCGUUGCUGCCAUACCAAGAUUGAUCCCUGAAGGAAUGAGCUCGAAUGAGUUAGUGGACUUGUUGUGUCGUCUAACUGUGCACAUGGAUGAGGAAUUACGAGGGCUCUCGUUCCAGAGCCUUCAAACCCUGAUAGUAGACUUUCCAGAAUGGAGACAGGAUGUUUUAGCUGGAUUUACACAGUUUCUAGCUAAGGAAGUUCAGGACACGUCACCUCAAUUAGUAGAGAAUGGACUUCGUAUGCUCCUACAACUCAUCACGAGUUGGAAAAACGGCGAGCCUGCGGCCACGAGUUCCCCGCCCAAAGUGGAGCCCCUGGCUUCGGUGAUUCGAGGGGCAGAGGCGUUGGGUCUUGUGAUGCUCUGCCAGUGCAAAGCGUACCCGCGCCGCCUAGCAGUACAUAUCCUAAGGGAAACGAAGUAUUUGUUAGAGAAGCUGCAGCUGACUCGGGAAGAGCCCGCCUUAAUAGACGCUGCCGACGCCCAGGUGCCUUACUUUGCCGAGAAGUGCCUUCCACUACUGCCGCCGGCUGAGAAGCAAGCGAUCCUCGCAGCCGGACAGCCGGACCUCGUGUGGAUCGCCGAGCGCACACACGCAGUCUGGACUGCGGGUAUCCAGCAUGACGAAACUUCAAUUAAAAACAGUUGGAGUGGUAGUGCAUCUAAUGCAGUCGAUCCUUGGGAAGUGGUGCUAUUCGGCUUGCUGGAGCGUAGUCGCGUGCCUGCUCGAUGCCCCGCGACUGUUCUCCAAGCGUGGCCGAUACUUCAUGCUAGAAUACACGCCCUCUACACUAUUAUAGAACCAGCACCUGUAAACGACAACCGCGCCUCACUCCUCUCCCGCGGCCCUGCAUUGCCGAGGAAGCCAGAAAAGGAACGAGAUGGUUACAUGCAGGUGUGGAGAUACUACAUGACUAUGGCCUACUUGGUGGUCCCAGCAGUGCCAAGUCCUGUGAUUCGCUGCGCUAGUCCUGACCUAAGCCUCAGCACUGAAGCGGAGGGAUGGCUGGGCCUGGCUGCCCUCAGUUCGUCGAGCGAGAGCCUCAACGCGCCCGGGGGGUUCUUCACGCUGCCCUUGAGCUAUGCGCGCGCGCACAGACAACACAAACGGACGAGUUCGUCUCCGGAUUCGCUGAGCGAGCGCAGCGGUGGGGAGGCGCGCAGUGCGCAGGCGUCGCCAGGGUCUCUUCACAAGCUGGCGGUACCGCUGGCUCGCUGCGAGGUGCCGGAAGUGCGCGACGCCGCCAUUGCAGCCGCCGGAUUUAUCAACCCUGACGCUCUCAAAGAUUUGAUGGAAGAACUGGUCCCACUACUGAGGGAGGCGGUGGACCGUAAACAAGAAAAUAUGCGCCGGCGACGGCGCCGUGACGCCUUAAGGCUAAACCUCAACAAAAUGCUGCUAUUCAUCGCGCAGAAGAAAACUUUUUCGAACAGUACGUUUGCGGUGGAAGGAGGCAGCCUGCACCCGACUCUGACAGAGUACCUGGAUGGCGCGCGGCAGUGCCUCGAGGUGGAGGCGGAGAAGGACGCGCCGGCCGCGCGCGAACAGCGACUCACCUUCGCCGACUUCGUCACUGAGCUCAUCAAGAGCUUCCCUCUGGAGACGUAUGGUUCGUUGAUGAAGAAGGAGCUGUGCCGCAAUCUAUUCUGCCUGUUCUCCGGCUGGUGCGGGCCUCUGGCGAAGCACCUCGGGACCCUCGUGCCACAACCCACGCCGGAGGUGGACGAACGACUUAACCUAUCCGCUCUAAGGGCAAUGAGCGCGCUGUUGUGCUGCGGCCCAUGCUUCGCACCCGCCGCGCUAGCUGAAGAUGGGUCCCUCUAUCCUUGGCUCAGUGAGAUGCUAUCCUCAACUAAUGACAAGGUAUACGAGCUAGCGCGGGAGACUAUCGUUCUCCUCCUGGAUUGCAACCCCGACAUCGGUCCACUGUUAGACUGGACCGUGGACAAGUGCUUCACGGGCACGCCACGCGUCGCCGACGGGUGCUUCAUGGCCCUAGCAACGAUAUUCAGUGCAAGGGAGUACCCGUGCGACCACUACACGGCGAUCAUCAACGUGACGCUGAUGUGCACGGGCUGCCCGCGCGCACCCGUCCACGAGAGCGCGCUGCAACUACUGCAACUGCUUGACAAACGCUUCUUCGGCACCGUCGGCCCGCUGCCCGCUGAUGAUGACACUGCAGGGUCGGACAAGGGGCGUGGCACGCUCGACGCGCUGCUCUGCACCACCUACUGCCGCUCGCAGCUGUAUCUCUCCAGACAACUGUCACAGCUGCACCCGGAACUCACCAUGCCCAUGUUCUCAGAGAUCACGGCGAGGUUCCAGACGGCGCGCACCGAGGUCCGACAGCUGCUGCUGCAGUACCUGUUACCCUGGCUGGUCAACAUCGAGCUCGUUGACCCCAACGUGCCGCCUGCCAACCCGCUCUCCUACAUACAGUACUACGCAACGGAAGCCGGUAGAAGCGCUCGCCGCGAAGGUCUCGGCUCAGCUGAAGCCACGGAGAUGGUGCUCAACAAUCUGUUUUAUAUUACUGCUAAGUUUUCCGACAACCACCCUAAAGAAAUUGAAGAGCUUUGGUCGACCCUCUGCGCGUGCUGGCCUAACAAUCUGAAGGUCAUCAUUCGCUACCUCGUCAUCGUGUCCGGGAUGGCGCCGAACGAACUGCUACCCUAUGCCAAACGCGUGGUGCUGUACCUGGCGCGCUCGCGUCCCGAGCGGCUGCUGGACGAGAUGAUGACGGAGCUGCAGACGGUCGAGACCCUCAACUGCCUCAUAGAACGCACCGAGACUCCGCCAUUCUACCGCCUCACCUCUAUGAGGAAGGCCACCUCCGGACACAGCGACGGGCCGGGGACUGGAUCACAUGACGCGACUGGCCGGCCUGGUGAACUCGCGCCUGUUGAGAAAGGCACGAUCCACACCAAGAGGCACAGCGGAGAGGACCCUGCCAAGGCCAGUGGCGCGAAAGCUCCGGAAACUCCUAGUGGCCGCGGUCCGGACAAACGCAUCUCUGCUCCAGCGUGCCCAACGCCCCCCGCCGACGAAGACGCACCACCCCCCUCCGACGGCGACGCCACCCCCACGGGCGUGUGCCCCGAGUCAGCGGCGACGCCGACGGGCGGCGCGCCGCCGCUGCCGACCGAGCCCCGCGUGGACGUGUCGCACCCGCGCCCGCUGCCCAUGCCCGAGUACGGGGGCUUCUUCGCGCGCCUCUCCGAGUACCUGCCCGACACCAGCCAGCCUGUCUCCGGCUUCCAUAGAUGCAACGUGGCGGUGAUGUUGCUGUGCGACGUGGUGCUGGACGGCGUCGAGCUGGACUGGUCCAUCCACGUGCCCCUCAUGCUGCACAUCGUAUUUCUUGGCAUGGACCACACCAGGUGGAUAGUGCACCAGCACUGCCGGCAGCUGCUGCUGAACUUGCUGGUGGCGGUGGCAGCGCACCACGACCACCUCACCGUGGCGCGGAUCCUGCUCGCUAGCCGCUCCGCACACCUAGGUCUUGGGAUCUCAUCCUCUGCUUUGCCUCUCGUGUCUCACAACUUUACAGAACCGGAUGCGGCGUUCGACAACCACGUGAACUGCGCCCACUCGCCGCGAGCACAUGCUCGCUCGCUAAGCUCCGACCCGCAAGUUACACCAGAAGGUGAGGGCGACAACUAUCCGUCGCUGCCCGUGAUAGUGACGGGCGAAGCGGAGACGGAGACAACUCCGGAGCCGGCCCCGGACGCCACCGGACCGGCCGAGAUGCCCGUUGCUGACGUCAUCAAGUCACUCGUGCACUUCCUCGCCAACCGCCCCACACACAUGCCCUUAUGGCAGUAUGAAGACAUCACUGCUAAAGUGUGGACUCUACGCAGCUGCCAGCAGAUGUCGACACUGCUCCGACAUGUGUUGCGUGUGUUCCGCGAGUCGCUGCCGCACGCGCUGGUCUCGGAGAGGUGGGCACAGACCGCGCUGCAGCUUGGCCUCUCCUGCCCCAGCCGCCACUACGCUGGCCGCUCGCUACAGGUGUUCCGCUUCAUAGGCGUAGCGAUGACCGGCCGCAUGGUGUCCGACAUACUGUCUCGCCUGGUGGAGACAGUUGCCGAGCAGGGAGAAGACAUGCAAGGCUACGUGACGGAGCUACUACUCACCCUGGAAGCGGCAGUCGACUCACUAGAAUCCAACUUUAGGCCGCUCGACUACAUGCGCGAUAUAUUCAAGUCUACACCGAAUCUGAACAACAAGGAUGGUCAGCAAGUCAAUGGGAGUGCCUACUCGGCUGGUAAACGGUCUCCCGGCGUCUGUGUCGGUUGUGUCACGAACCAUACUCGCAGCACGAGCUAUUCCGUGUCUUAUUGCGUUAGGAAAAACGCACCGCCGUCGUCGGCUGAGAAACAACAACACGAUCCCCGGACUAGACCGUGUAGCGAAGCUGCAAAAGGGAUUUGUUCGAAUCUGUGCAGAUCCAGGUCUGCGCAGUCGCUGAAACUACUUGGAGACACCGCUACACAGGUCACUGACGACAAGCUGACGAUCCUGGCGACGUUGUUCUGGGUGGGUGCGUCGCUGUUGGAGUCGGACUACGAGCACGAGUUCUUGUUAGGAGUACGUCUGCUGGCUCGUGUCAUGGCGCGGCUACCUCUCGACCGGCCCGACGCGCGCGAGCGGCUCGACCGCACGCAGGCCCACACCUCGCCCUCCUUGCACGCUCUGCUACUCAAGGGCUGCACUCACCCGAACACGUAUGAGCCGGUGGUGGGCGUGCUGGCGGAUAUGAUCCCACUGUUGGAGCUGCCGGUCAUUGACCCCACGCAAUCGCUGGCAUUCCCCAUGACGGUGGUGGCGCUGUUGCCGUACAUGCUGCUGCACUAUGAAGACGCGAAUGAACUCUGCGUGCGCGCCGCCUGCCACAUCGCACAGUUCACCGCAGAGAAGAGCAAGAAGCUGGAAAACCUGGGCACGGUGAUGACGCUGUACUCGCGGCGCACCUUCAGCAAGGAGAGCUUCCAGUGGACCAAGUGCGUCGUCAAGUAUCUCUGGGACACCUACUCGCACCUCUCGCUGCAGAUGCUCGCCUUCCUCGUCGAGGUGCUCGAGAAGGGUGCAACGAACCUGCAGCUGCCGGUGCUGUCGAUCCUGCACUGCAUGUUGUACUACGUGGAGCUGAACGCGCCGGCCGCGCACCCGGUCAACGCGGACCUGCUGCGGGUCGUCGCUAAGUUCAUCGACGUCAGUCUACACACUACACACCUCUCCACUCUACCUAACGACGGAAACAACUACAGAGAAGCUAUGAAGAUCCUAAAACUGGUGGUGACGCGGUGUUCCACGUUAGUUGUACCACCGUAUUGGGACAGCCACGCGUCUUCCAUAUUAGAUACAGAACUUCACGGCAAAAAGGAGUUACCGGGACGUACAAUGGAUUUCACAUUUGACCUUUCCCAAACGCCUGUGAUUGGUCGGAAGUAUUUACCCAAGACAAGCGGAAGCCAGCCAACCACCGGGCCUAAUUCUUUGUCCAAUGCAUCCACUUCCACGCCCGACAAAGCAGGGUCUUCGACGUCGGCGUCUGGGUCAGCGUCGACGGUGGUGGGCCCCGAGACGAGCAACAACAACAGCACGCUGCCGCAGAGCGCCGCCUCGCCGCGGCGGUCGCUCUCGCUGUCGCCUGCCGACGCGCUCGCCGCCGGCUGGAAGCGGCCCUGGAUGUCACAGAGUCGUGUUCGAGAGUGCCUUGUGAAUCUUCUGACAACGUGCGGCCAAAGAGUCGGUUUACCCAAAAGCCCAUCUGUGAUCUUCAGCCAAAGUUCGGAGUUGCUAGAGCGGGAGUCGUCGAUGGCAUCGUCCCUGGAGGAAGUGUCGGGUACUCCCGGCAACGAGCCCUCCGGGGGCGCCCCGCCCACUGACCACUUCGGAGUGUUCAAGGACUUUGAUUUCCUCGAAUACGAAAGCGAAAGUAUUGAGGGCGAGAGUUCUGACAACUUCAACUGGGGCGUGCGCCGGCGGCUGUUGAGCGAGGAGAGAGAUGAAAGCCACGGUCUGGAGCGCAGCCCACCACGGCAGGCGCGCAAGCCCGAUAACCAGCUUGCUAGCAAACCUCAAAGUACCCACGAGGACUCGUCAGACGAGGAAGCAGGGUGGGAGGAGGGUGCGGGCGGCAGCCGCGGCGAGGGCGACGUGGGCCCCACCCACGACCUUGCGCUGCGCCCGCGCACGCACUCAUUCUCCAGCGCCUCCAGCGGGGAACAAGAUGGAGACCGCGGGGACGUGACGCCGGUGCCGGGCGCGGGGCCGGUGCUGCGCGACGCGUGGCGCACCUCGGUCGCCGCGCUGCUGCGGCACGCCACGCACAUGCAGCCGCUCGCACUCGUACACCGGCUGCACACUGUUCUUAAGGAGGUGACAUCGAAGACGGUGUCGUUAUGCGCGGAGGGGGCGUUCACGAGCGGCGGCGCGGCGGAGCUGUCAGCGGUGCUGGAGCGACUGGGCGCGGAGGAGCCGCCGCUGUUGUGGGUGGGCCCGGCUGCCGCCGACUGUGCACGCGUGCGCGACGCUGUCAGAUACGCCGCGCUCGAGAUCAACGAACAUCUCGAGACAUACUUCGAUAGGCGUGAACACGCGCUUGAGACACUAGAACUUUCAAGAGGAUCGAGCGAAGAAGUGGGGCGGUGCCUGUACAAGCUUAUUUUCCAAUUGCUGCUUUUAUUGGAGACUAACAAUAAAAUGGUCGUAGCCGUCUACAGUGCCGCUCUUGACAACAGGGGUGUGGAGAUGAGCGCGGCCGUAUGCGCAGUCCGCAACGCACUGUCGGCCAGCGCGGGCGACUCGUGGAGCGAACACUCGCCGGCGCCGCACGAUGACGCGCGCCUGCUGAACCUUAUGCAGCGACAGAGGUGGGGCGCCGCGCUAGCACUGGUGCGCGAGCGCAACGCUGAACGCAUUCUGGAACGAGGCGAGCUGCCGGAAGAUGACGUCACUAGCUUGUUGCACGUGUACUGCAAAGGACUUGCCCAGGCGCAUCCUGAUAUGGUCGCUAUAACACGGCCGGUGAACGAGCUGUCACAGAAUCUAUCCUUCAUGAUGGAGAGCCUGUACAAGGUGUCGGUGGCGCUCCAGCGACAGGAGUUUGGCUGAUCUCACGCCUUCUCGCCGCCGCUUCUGCACCAAAGCAUCGUCUAUAUCUAACAUAAAGGUACAAUUCAUCUGCAGAGGCGCGUCGAGACUCAUGCGGCACUAGUUUCUCUAUGUAACAUUUAUACAUAGUAGUGAUUGUUCAAUUAAAAAUCCCAACAUCUACAGUUUUAAAUACAAGCCAAAUAGAUUGUUUAAAAUUCAAAAUUAAAACAAAUUAUAUUUUAAAUUUUGAGCAAUUAACCCAAUUUAGGUGCAAAUUAAAUAUACUUUAAAAUCUAAUAUUGUAUUGAUUUACAGUCACUACUUGUUUAAGUUUACUAAUUAGAACAAAUUCUUCGUAAUGUUUAACUAUAAUUUUAACUUAGAUUACUAAAUACGUAUUCGAGCGCUCGGACGCGCCUCUGCGGCCAUGGAUCUUACCCAAGAGCUUCUAUCAGAUUGUGCUGUCAAAGUGCCGGUUAGACUAACCAAAAAUUAGUCACAUAUUAAGCAUAGUAUAAAAAGUCUGUAAUUUCAUUUUAAAACGCUUAGAUAUAAUAGGAAAUACUAAUUUAUUAAAUAAUGGCUUCACACUUUGAAGAAAUAUCACGUAGACUCGCUGCAUCAGUUUAAUAAUUACCAUGUAGUAACAUAAAAUAUCAAAAGUAAUUUUAGUUUGUGGUUACCUCAUGCUGUUUCCUAAUUACAUAAUAAUGAUAUAAAUCUGUUGCAGCUUGAUUGCUACUUUAGCAACCAUGACAUUACACGAGCAUAUUAUAACGAUUCUGUUACGCUUAAUUAAGCACUAGCUUCCCAUUUUAUCCCACUGACGUUAACAGCAAUAACAUUGAUAGAGUAUACGUAUAGCUAUAUAGUUAUAUAAAUCAUGUUCAUAGUUAACUAAUAGUCUUUAAUAAAGUUAUAGAGAGUUAUUAUAGAAUAACGCAAGAGUGUGCCUACGCCUGGAAUACUAUUCAUAUUUAGAGUAUGCAAAUGUAGACCUAAGUGGCAUUAACUAAUUUAGAUCUAAUAACAAAUCAUGUAUUUACAUGGAAAAUUAACCUGCUUAUUUAUUGACGUACUGAUAUAGUUUUCAAAUCUCUGAUCUCAAAUAGAGUAUUGACUGCGUCACCCGAUAUGUUUGAACCACGUCGUGUGCGGUUUAUUAUAACCCCUAAAGCUCAGUGCACACGGAGGCGGUACCGGGAACUUUUCAAUUGACGAUUUGAUAUGCACGCGUUCACACUAAUCCAACAAGCAUGGAUUCAUACAAACUGCCACUUUCCGGGUCAGAACGUUACCAAUACCGACUUUGUUUGCAAUGAGCUUGAAGGGAGAACUGGAUUCUAAAAUACAAAAAUAUAGACUGUUCGAGUACUUUUCAUAUAACUUGAUAACAUAUUACUUUGCAAACUUUACAAAUAAUCUAUAAUUCACUUUUUAAAUACAUGUCUGCACUUUCCUUUAAUGUUUUAAUGAUUUUUACUAGAACUUAAACCAUGAAUUUGCAUAAUCACAUUUGAUUUAAUGUAAUCGUAAUGUACUCAACCAUUGUUUGUGAUAUUAUUGUCUUUUGUGUAUUAAUGACAAUAUUUAUUUUUUAAUUAAUUUAGUUUUGUCAUGUAUGUUAAUUUUCUUUCGCGUAUUGUUCUUUUAAUGGAAUUUGUAACAAGUUGUACAUGUACG